AUGGACAUGACCAAACAGUUAAUGGACUUCGAAAUGAAGUCGGAAUAUGAAGGAGAUCAAUUUGAGGCAAAUGAUUACACAACGCCCACCGUUGAGGAGCCCAAAAUGGCAACAGAACCUCUUAUCGAGGACUCGGUGGAAAGUGAUCGUAGAUCCUCGCCAGAGAGGGAAGUGGAAACCACCACUUUUGAGGACCCCAAAGAGGCAGAUCCUCAUACAGAAAAGGACCUACCCGAUACGGGUGUGAUCAAGUCCACGGAAAAGGAUUCAGAUGUGACAGACACAGUCGUGGUGAAACCAAAGUCAAGUCUGGAGAAUGAUCAACCUCUGACACCGCCACCACGACCACUGACCUCCAGCGAGGUGGUGGGUCUCCGUGAUCCCGAUGAUCCAGAGUUGCGUCUUCGCCUGGAGGCCAAGAAAUCCCGCUCUCUGCCCGUCUCACCACAGCCUCAACAGCAGCAGAGCCUCAAGCUAUCGGGAUCAUCGCUCUUUGAGUUUGGUCAGACAUCAUCAUCGCCUCCUGUGGAGGCCAAGAUCAAGAGUAGCCCCGAGUUGAAGGCCCCGCGAAGGAAACCACCUCCUCCCAGUGGAGUUGGGGAUAACCAACAGUUCUGUCUACGCUGGAACAACUAUCAAUCCAACCUGACCAAUGUCUUUGAUGAGCUGCUGCAGAGUGAAUCCUUUGUGGAUGUCACCUUAUCCUGCGAGGGUCAGUCAAUCAAGGCUCAUAAGAUGGUUCUCUCCGCCUGCUCACCCUAUUUCCAGGCCUUGUUCUAUGAUAAUCCCUGCCAGCAUCCCAUUAUCAUUAUGAGAGAUGUAAAUUGGUCAGAUCUAAAGGCUCUGGUGGAGUUUAUGUACAAGGGCGAGAUCAAUGUCUGCCAGGAUCAAAUAAAUCCUUUACUCAAGGUGGCUGAAACCCUGAAAAUCAGGGGUCUGGCGGAGGUUAGUGCGGGUCGUGGAGAUGGUGGAGCAUCUGCUCAUCCCAUGUCCGUCUACGAUGAUGAUGAUGACGAGGAACUGGCAGCGGCAGCUACUGCCAUAUUGCGGCAGCAUGAAGAUCUUGAUCCCGAUGAUGAACUCAAGGCCAAGAGACCACGCCUGUUGCAUGAUGUCGCUUUGGAUCUGAAUAAGAGGCAAAGAAAGCGCUCUCGGGAUGGUAGCUAUGCCACGCCCAGUCCCUCGCUGCAGGGCGGUGAGUCGGAGGUCUCGGAGCGGGGCUCCACCUCAACUCCCGGCCAGAAUCACCAGAGCAACCAACCGCUGGCCAUGACCACAUCAACGAUCGUACGCAAUCCCUUCGCCUCGCCCAAUCCUCAGUCCCUGUCGGGUGGCAAUGGUGGUGGCUCCUCCGCUGGAGGAUCUCAGCGGAACUGCUCUUCGCCGCCACCUUCAUCGGGUCAUAGUAAUGGCAACACUUCGGCUGCCAUGCACUCUCCACCCGGUGGAGUGGCCGCUCAGUCUGCUCUGCCACCGCAUAUGGUUGCCGCUGUGGCAGCUGCCGCUCAUCAUGCCGCCGUUGUGCCACCACCUCCACCUGCCAUGCAUCAUCAUGCCGCCGCUGCUGCCGCACAGCAAUUGGCGGCACAACAUCAGUUGGCUCACUCGCAUGCCAUGGCCAGUGCUUUGGCAGCAGCGGCUGCAGGAGCAGGAUCAGGAUCAGGAGCUGGUUCGGGAGCAGGAUCAGGAGCUAGUGCACCGAGUGGAGGAGCUGGGGCAGGAGGCAGUGCCUCUGCCUCGUCAGUGGGAUCACAUCAUGAUGAUAUGGAAAUUAAGCCAGAAAUUGCCGAAAUGAUACGCGAAGAAGAGAGGGCCAAAAUGAUUGAAAGUGGUGGCCAUGGCUGGAUGGGUGCUGCAGCGGCUGCCACCGGUGCUGCCUCAGUGGCGGCAGAUAGCUAUCAAUAUCAGUUGCAAUCCAUGUGGCAAAAAUGCUGGAAUACCAAUCAACAGAACCUAGUGCAACAGCUGAGAUUUAGAGAGCGAGGUCCUUUAAAGUCCUGGCGACCAGAGGCCAUGGCCGAGGCCAUCUUCAGUGUCCUGAAGGAGGGUUUAUCCCUAUCGCAGGCUGCUCGAAAAUACGACAUCCCAUAUCCCACAUUCGUUCUAUAUGCCAAUCGAGUUCAUAAUAUGCUGGGACCUUCGCUAGAUGGCGGUGCCGAUCCUAGGCCCAAGGCCAGGGGUCGUCCUCAAAGGAUCCUGCUGGGCAUGUGGCCCGAGGAGCUCAUACGCAGCGUCAUCAAGGCGGUGGUCUUUAGGGAUUAUCGUGAAAUCAAAGAGGAUAUGAGUGCCCAUCAGUAUGCCAAUGGACAGGCACAUGGUUCCCACUUUGGCGCUGGUUCCGCCUCAAAUGGCUAUCACAGUGCCGCUGCCGCUGCCAAAAUGGCCGCCCAGAAUGCUGCACUUGCUCCACCGGAUGCUAGCAGUCCGCUGAGCUCCAUGACAGAGACCCUGCGCCGUCAGAUUCUCUCCCAGCAGCAGCAGCAUCAACAGCAGCAGCAGGCGCACCACCAUCAGGCACAAUCGCACCACCAACAGCAACCGUCACACCACCCACAACAGUCGCCCCAUGGUCAGUCCAUGAAUAUGUACAAGUCACCGGCUUAUUUGCAACGCUCUGAGAUCGAGGAUCAAGUAUCCGCAGCAGCGGCAGUUGCUGCAGCGGCGGCCAAGCAUCAGCAUCAUCAGCAGCAUCAGCAGCAUCAGCAUCAGCAACACCAGCAGCAGCCGCAACAGCAGGGAUCGGAGCGACGGGGAGCAGAGAAUAUGCCCGAUCUCUCGGCUCUGGGUUUGAUGGGUCUGCCCGGUCUGAAUGUGAUGCCCUCGCGGGGAUCCAGUGGAGGAGCGAGUGGCUCUGCGCCCAAUAGUGCCGCCUCCUAUGCUCGCGAGUUAUCCCGGGAGCGGGAACGUGAUCGGGAGCUAUCCCGGGAAAGGGAAAGAGAGCGUGAGCUAUCCCGCCAGUACGGCAGUCAGUCGCGUGGCUCUAGUUCCGGUUCCGGUAGCGCCAAAUCCCUGACCGCCAGCCAAAGACCCGGCGCCGCCUCUCCCUACUCCGCCGCUCAUUAUGCCAAGCAUCAGGCCAGCGCCUAUAAUAAACGCUUCCUGGAGAGCCUGCCCGCCGGCAUUGACUUUGAGGCAAUUGCCAAUGGUUUGCUCCAGAAAUCGGUGACCAAGAGUCCUCGUUUCGAGGAUUUCUUUCCGGGACCAGGACAGGAUAUGAGUGAACUCUUUGCCAAUCCAGAUGCAGCUGCUGCGGCAGCUGCGGCGGCUGCCUAUGCGCCACCAGUGAAUCCUGUACGAGAAUCACCACUGAUGAAGAUCAAGCUGGAGCAGCAACAUGCCGCCGAGUUGCCACACGAGGAUUGAAUCCCGGGGAAUGGCAACUGGGGCAUGGUGGAUCCAGGGUGGGGCAAUUUUUAAACACAAACAUUUUUGGGGUAAAUUCACAGGGAAAGCCAGGUAAUCGUUGGAUAAAGAGUAAGUAGUUGGGUUUAUAUAUUAUUUGGGAUUAAUUUCUUCAUUUAAAAAUGGUUAAAAAAAUACUUUUGGCUAACUUGAAUUUUAGCCAAUAGUUGCAAUAGCUUUUUUAAGCCAAGGAAAAUGGUAUUUUUUGAUAAUUUUUUUUAAUUUAAAGAAGAACAUAUAGCCAAAAACUAAUUAUUUUAUGGUUUUACUUGUAUUCUUCGUAUUCUUUCCUUUUCCAUUUUUAGU